CGCAGCAGCACGUGACGCCGCCCAACAUGGCUGCGCCCGGUGGCUGCGGGGCGCUGCCGCGGCUGCUGCUCCUCGUCCUGGCGCUGCUGCUGGCGGCGGGGGCGGACCCGGACCUGGAGCCGGAUUCAGCUCCGGAUUCGAAUCCGGCUCCGGCUCCCGGCGGGUCCUGCGGCUGCGGGGCCGGCCGCGGCGGCGGCGGGCGGGAGGCGGCGGCGCGGCGCUACGCGGCGGCUCAGGGCAGCGGCAGCGGCAGGAGCGGGCCGAUGGUGGCUAUUCCAGGAGGGGUGUUCACGAUGGGCACAGAUGAGCCGGAGAUUUGGCAGGACGGGGAGGGCCCUGCCCGCAGGGUGCGCCUGAACGGCUUCUACAUGGACCAGCACGAGGUCAGCAACGAGGACUUCGAGAGGUUCGUGAACGCGACUGGGUACCUCACGGAGGCAGAGAAAUUUGGCGAUUCCUUUGUGUUUGAGGGAAUGCUGAGUGAAGAAGUGAAGUCUGAAAUCCAUCAGGCAGUUGCAGCUGCUCCCUGGUGGCUGCCUGUGAAGGGGGCCAACUGGAAGCACCCUGAGGGGCCUGACUCCAAUAUCUUCAACAGAAUGGAUCACCCAGUUCUUCACGUGUCCUGGAAUGAUGCUGUGGCAUUUUGCACGUGGGCAGGGAAGCGAUUACCAACCGAGGCUGAGUGGGAAUACAGCUGCCGAGGGGGCCUUGAGAAUAGGCUUUUCCCCUGGGGCAAUAAGCUUCAGCCAAAAGGCCAGCACUAUGCUAAUAUCUGGCAGGGAGUGUUCCCAAGCAACAACACUGCAGAAGAUGGGUACAAAGGAACUGCACCAGUCACUGCAUUUCCUCCCAAUGGGUAUGGCUUGUACAACAUUGUAGGAAACGCCUGGGAAUGGACAUCGGACUGGUGGGCUGUGCAGCAUUCAGCAGAGGAAGCUCAUAACCCUACCGGGCCCUCCUCAGGGACUGACAAAGUGAAGAAGGGCGGAUCCUACAUGUGCCACAAGUCUUACUGCUACAGGUACCGCUGUGCAGCCCGCAGCCAGAACACCCCCGACAGCUCCGCUUCCAACCUGGGCUUCCGCUGCGCAGCCGAUGCCCUGCCAGAGCGGCAGUGACAGAGGGCUCCCACCCCGACUGAGCGGCUCAGCUGCACCCGAGGACAAAAAGAGACAAAAAAGACGUAGGGAUUGACGCCUGCUGCUGAGACAGAACGGAAAAACCCCUCAUGUGCCUGUGGGGCAGGGGGUCCAGCACCAGCCACCGUCUCUUGGAGCUUCCUGGAUUUAUCUCUGGGGAACCCGGCCUGGGUUUCUGUCCUGACCGACCUCUUAUUGCCGUGGGUUUCAGUGGGGGUGUCCUGGAGCUGCACUGGCACAAAACUGAGCAAAACCACGCUGAUUGUAUUUUAAAAGGUUGAGUUUUGUAGAUCCUUUGGAAAAGAUCUUUUAAGAAUUUUAUGUAUGGUUUGAAUUUCCACGCUCAAAUCCCACAAACAAGGACUUUUAUAAAUUUGAGAGCUUUAAAAGAAAUUUGAAGCGGUUACUGCGUCUGUGACCCCGUGGGAGGCACAGUCACCACUUUGAGAAGAGGUGAGGACUGCAGGAAGGACAACUGCCCCCAUGGGCGGUCCGUGCAGCUCUCACAUCAAAUCCUGCCUGCACCAAAAGGUGCGUUUUGUGGUGUGAUAUUUGCUCCUCUUUAGGAAGUGCCUUCUGCAGCUGAGGGGUGGCAAUCCUCACCCUGAUGGUUAGGGAUGUCCAUGGCUGAAUAAAAUGUAAAGCAUCUCUUUAGGUUUAAGACUCUUACCGAUGGAAAGACGCUGGCACCUUCCUUGGAGUUUCUCUUGGACAUGCUGUGGGCCUGUUUGGGGGACUUGCAAAUCGCAAAAAUGGCUUUAGAGACUGGCUCUACCUGAACACCAGGUCGUUAAAGUGAAAAGGAGGUAAUUGUAACUGAGCCCCAAGGCCUAAAAAGGUAAAUUCAGAAACUGUGCUCUCAAUUCAAAGCAAACAAACAAAAGCUUCAUUUAGUAGAACUGUAGCAAGGAGAAGAAGGGGAGAUACUGUCAGCUACCUCAUAUGGGGAUCUGAAUGUAUUUCAGCCCUUCUGCAAAGCGCUUUGCACUCUCACUCUGCCCACAGCAGCUGGGGACACUGCUGUGCCAGGGAGCCCAAAGCUGUUCCUGCAGUAAGCUCUGUCCCCAAGGGGCUGUCCUGUCAGCCCCACCGUGCUGUCAGCUGUGUGGCUGACCGCUGCCAGGCCUCUGAGCUGCCUGCGUGUGCAAGGGGUCGGUCUUGGCCGUCUUGUCAGAUGCUUCGAGAGGCAACAGUGAGAAUGUGAUGGUGUAGCACCAUUUUUGCAUUACUGCCACCCCUUCCCAGCACUAUUUUCUUGUAGUGAACUCGGUGGGGGUCACUACACAGCCAGUGCUUGCCAGGUGCUUCUCCACUUCUGUGUUUCACAGGGAAAGGCGAGCGCUGGAGGGCUUCUGGGGGCACCUUCCAGGAGCACCAGCCCCUGGAGGGGACGGACACUACGCAUCAGCCAUUCUGGCAGCAGAAAGGAUUCGGGAACACAUUUCCAUGUUGAAAGCUAUGUUAAAUGUUUUCUAUUCUAAAGGCUAUUUUACUACUACUAAAUGUUUAAUUAAAAUCUCUGUAUAAAAAAUGUAUUUCCCUGUUGUUCUUAAUAGAUUCUACUUCUCUAAAAGGCAUUUUUCUGCUAUAAGAAGGAACGAACACUUUAUUAAAGAUGUUGCCUAGGA